AUGAACCCCAGCAUCCCAUCGACGCUGGCCAAUGCCUUCAGAGGCUUACAAAUUUGCAGUCCAUCGCCAUUGCGACAAAUCCGAAACCCCUUGCUCAGGCAAUUGGGAGCUCUGUCCACAGCCUGGGCGCAACAACCAAAAGCGUUCUCGACAACCGCACCCGUUUUUGGAACAUGGCUCGAGCCCGAUAUCAACCGAAAGAAGAAGAUGGCCAAGGGCCGUCCUCGUGUGGCCACUGGAGGCUCAACAAAGGGAACCACUGUCAUUUGGGGUGACUUUGGCCUUCGCAUGACGGACAAGCAACGUCGCAUCAGUGCAAAGUCGCUGAAGAUGGCAGAAGACACCAUCAAAGUACGACUCCGAGGGCAGAAGUAUCGGCUUUACAAGCGCAAGUGCUGCAACAUCGGUGUCUACGUCAGCGGUAACGAGAUGAGAAUGGGAAAGGGUAAAGGUUCCUUUGACCACUGGGCUACGAGAAUGGCGGUAAGCCAGGUCUUGUUCGAGGUUCGCGGUCGCAUCCACGAGCAGGUUGUCCGAGACGCUUUCCGACUGGCCGGCAACAAGCUGCCAGGUCAAUGGGAAUUUGUCAAGAAGGGCGAAGCGCCAGUUGUUGGCAUUACCAAGCUCGACGGCGUAACGCUUGAGGAGCUUAAGCGUCCUAGACGCCAAAUCCCAACGGCACAGGUCAUCGAAGCGGUGGAAACCGCUCCUUCAGUUUCUGAGGCAGAACGCCUUCGCUCUCUGGCACAAAGCGGCGAUUUCCCCCAUCUCCUCGUAUACGGACCGUCCGGUGCUGGAAAGAAGACUAGAAUUGUGGCAACACUAAAGGAGCUUUACGGCCCUGGCGUGGAGAAGAUCAAGAUUGACUCGCGCGUCUUCCAGACGAGUAGCAAUCGCAAGCUCGAGUUCAACAUUGUCGCAUCAGUCUACCACCAGGAGAUCACGCCGUCCGACGUCGGAAACUAUGACAGGGUAGUUGUACAAGAUCUUCUGAAAGAGGUGGCUCAGACGCAGCAGGUCGACCAGUCGGCCAAACAGCGCUUCAAGGUUGUUGUGAUCAACGAGGCCGAUCACCUGAGCCGCGAUGCGCAAGCGGCGCUCCGUCGCACCAUGGAGAAAUACUCGCCCAACCUUCGACUCAUCCUCCUCGCAAACUCCACCUCAAACAUCAUCGCCCCGAUUCGGUCACGAACGCUGCUGGUCCGAGUGGCGGCACCGUCACACGACCAGAUCUGCGACGUGCUUGCGUACGCAGCGAAGAAAGAGAACUGGAGCGUAGUCAAAGGACUGCACCAAAGAAUAGCAGUGGAGAGCGGCCGUAACCUGCGCAAGGCUCUCUUGAUGUAUGAGGCAGUGCAUGCGCAAAACGAAAAAGUCACCGACAGCACCCCGAUUCCACCUGCAGACUGGGACGCGCUCAUUGGGCAGAUUGCCAAGGAGAUCAUGGAUGAGCACACGCCCGCUCGAAUUCUACAGGUUCGCGCAAAACUGUACGACCUGCUGACCCAUUGUAUUCCGCCGACAAUCAUCCUCAAGACGCUCACGUUCAAGUUGUUGGGCAUGAUUGAUGACGAUCUGAAGGGCGAGGUGAUCCAGUGGUCUGCAUUCUACGAGCACCGCAUCAAGACGGGGACCAAGGUCAUCUUCCACCUGGAGGCAUUUGUGGCCAAGUUUAUGAGAGUUCUGGAAAUGUACUUGAUGAGCAUGGACAUGUGA